AUGCCCGUAGCAUGCAUUCCGGUUAUUUCUGCAGAAGCCGUCACGACAAGGGCUCUACCAGAUUACACGGAGGCUGUUACAAUCAUCGUGGGCCAAGGACAAGCCAUCAGCAUCUCAAAUCCCCGUGGGAUCCAUUACUUGCCCCUCGACACUCGACAAGUUCUGUCCAGAUUGAUCCGCUCCUCAGCACCAUUGUCCCUGGAAUCUCUCACACGUCAAGCGUCAGGCUACAAAAAGCAACUGCCGACGCCCACAGCAAUCAUGCCAACAAAGCUAAGGCCCGAGUUUGCGGCAAUGCUCGAGGGCAUGUCGAAACACCCCCCGCUCCCCGUGGGGGACGCGAUGGCAAGACGCCAAGCCAUGGAUCCAAUGAUGGCGGCCAUCGACAAAGCAAGGAAGGCUGCUUCGCCAGAGCUAGACGAGCGAAUCACACUUCGGACUCAUCUCGUCCCAAGGCCAGACGACGGGCACAAAGUCCCAGUCCUCCACUACGCCCUCAAGGAUGCCGAGCCCGGCCAGCCUCUCACGGCAGGCAUCGUGAACGUCCACGGUGGCGGAUUCAUCUUUGGCUCGGCGCAUUUCCUGGACUCGGGAGUCCGCCGCCACGUGCUGGAGACGGGCGUGCCCAUCUUCGACGUCGAGUACCGCCUGGCGCCUGAGAAUCCGUACCCCGUGCCGCACGAGGACGCCUGGGCCGCCCUGGUCUGGGUGCAUGCUCACGCUGCCGAUUUCGGCGUCGAUCCGAAACGCAUUGCCCUCAUGGGCGACAGCGCUGGCGGUUGUAUUGCCGCCGCGCUCGCCCUGCACGCAGUCACGCAAGGGCUUGAGAUAGCCAAGUUGAUCCUGGUGUGCCCCAUGCUGGAUGACCGCACGGGCAGAGACCUGAGCAUCGACACGUCCGGGUACACGUGGAAGCCAGAGGACAACAUCACAGCCUGGGACGCCGUGCUGGGCGGCGCAGCACCCGAGGUGAAGAGCGGCAUGAUACCGGCUGUGACAGCUCGGGUGGCAGAGCUAGGUGGAAUGCCCCCGACGCUGCUGCAAAUUGGGGGCUGCGAUCUUUUCCUGGACGAGGGCCUGGCGUUUGGGACGGCGCUGGCAAGGCAGGGCGCGGAAGUGGAAAUGAUCACUUACGCUGGAUCUCCCCAUGGCUUUGAGGACAUCAUACCCACUUCUCCCGCGUCCAUACGGGCUCGUCAAGAUAGAUGCCGCGUCAUCCGAGGACUCUAGGGCUGGCCGCUGAUGAUAGAACAAGAGAGCCGCAAGAGAUGGAACAUAUACUCCAAGCACGUG